AUGGUCCGGGUUGGCCAGAACUCUGCUCUCAUCCGCACAGGACCCGCACCCUCUGGCUAUGACCAGAAGCUCUCAACCAAACCAAGCAAGCAUAAAGUCGUUCUCGAAAGCGUGACGCAAGAGAAAAAGAAACUCCGAAGUGUGCUAUCAUUCAAAGCUGAACCACCAAAAGGCUACACCUUUAUUCCUGCUGGAAACCCUGAGCUCACUAAUGCUCUGAAGGACUUUGCCAGAAAAGGCAAUUAUGAAAUCUACGCUGUUUCGACUACCCCCCAUCAAAGAGCCCAUGACCUUUCACAGCAGGUCCACAGGAUAGGUUUCCAUUUCCCUAGCGUUGUCGUUGCUCAGGUGUGUGCCUAUUAUGGGAUUGUUCUUACGUCGGCUGGAACCGUGCUUGUUGAAGAUGAACUUGAGUCCUUCCAUCCUCGCUCCAAGCGACUGAAAGAUCAAAUAACCGCUCAAGAACGGAAGGACCAAAUUACUAUCAAUACCGAGGCGAGAGAUACUAUCAAGGAUCUCUUUCCAAACAUCCCUGACAAUGAUCUGAACCAAAUCAUUAAGACCGCUUUUCAAAAAGGGCAGGGGAAGGUGGGAACCGCUAAUGAGCUUUCUCUCAUCCGCCGCGCUCAGCUUGCAGUCGUCGCACACAUUCGUCAUGUCUACACGGAUUACGAUAAGCUACUGCGACAGACUCAUUACCGCGAGGCGCGAAAUUUUGUGGAAAAGCCUAGCCUAAGAAAGCUAGUGGAAUGGCGCGGAGAUGACGAGAAUGGAAAACAAGUUCUCGAGGACGUGUUCCGAGAGGUUGUCGUCAUCUCAGACGAUGAAGAUAGUGAUAGGGAGGACGAUGACACAAUGAACGAUUUCCGCGACGUGAGCGUGGAAAUUGUAUCGAGCAACACCAAGGCAGACCAUUUCAAUCCGGAUCCGCUCGUCCUCGAAGCGCCCAAUGCUGGUCGUAGGUCAGAUCAUUUUCCUGUCAAUAGCAAGCGACACUCAGCCUACCCACAUACUGCCUCGUCAGUCCAGAAGGAGCGAAAAAAUGACCAGGAUAAGGUCAGUCGACGUGGCUUUAGCCGAUACCAGGCAUGGAAUGAAGCUCGAGAAGAGUAUCGAGCCAACCCUACAGAUAUAAGGGUUGGCAAUGAGCGAGCUCUUGCAUACCCAGCUCCCGAGGUAUCUCUCCGUCGAGUGGAACAGGGUCUGAGUGGCUCCGGGCAUCGCCCAGAGACUUUCACUCUCCCUCAGCAUUUGCAUCAAUCCCAGGACUUUGCUAUGCAGGCGCGUAAUGACCCACCUGAUACUUACCGUGCUCGUGACGGUACUCUCUAUGAGAGGGUGAUCGAGAAUCCUUCUCCAGGUCCACAACAACUGGUUGCUAGGCCCCUGAUAUACGAGACUCGUAGGCCAGCAGCUGUAGGGAAGGUGAGAACCAAUGCCGUUGCCGAUUUCCCCUAUCGCCAGGAUAUAAGUCAGAACCUUUCCUCCCCCAGAGAUACGAUAAUUCCUUCAAUAGAAGACCCUUCACCGGCAGCUGCAUCUUCCCAGAGUCGAAUGGUAAGUGGGAGCCAAUUGCCACUGUCAUCAAACAACGAGCGUUGGGCAACCAGCAGCAAUCAAAACAUAGAGCGUCGAAUCAACGGUAUUGAAUACCUAGAUCUAACCGAUGAAUCUCGAUACCUUAAAAAGCGACGAAGGGUUGAAAACAUCAGUGGCGAAACCUUCAGAACUUCCCGCACUGGUGAUCUGGCGCCAUAUUCUGCUUCGCAGCAGCAUGAGCCUGAAUAUAUCUCGCUCCUUUCUCCUACACACCAGCCUUCACAGCCCAGUAAUACGAAUGCCCCAUCAGCGUUACACUAUGAAGAUCCUCACAACCAUGUCAAUGUUUCUACAUCCACACCAACCUACCGUGACACUGUGGUUCACAACUCUUCUGUCGGUGUUAUGCGCUCAGGCGAGAAGCUCGCGGCUCGCCGGCCCCAUGGGCAAGUGUCAGGUUUGAGUAACUUCUCCUCUCGUGAAGUCCGCUAUCUGUCGCCUUCCUCUCCUAGAACAGACAAAGACUCUCUUCCAAUUGGGUUACAAUCUGCUUUUCAUGUAGGAGCAUCUCCUGUAGACCGUGGAAUCCAAGAGUAUCGAGCUUUUAGGGCACGGGAACGGCAAGAAAAGGCAUUGCCGAAACCUUCUGCACCUGCAAGGGCUCAAUUGUAUGGGAAUGGUGAUGUUCCUUAUGCCGCAAUUGAGUCGAGGAACGGACGACCAAGGCAAUUUGACGCAACAAAGCCAUCCCGUGACCUUUCUAGUCACCUAUCCCAAAGGAGGCCUACGCAGGGGUACCAUACCCUAGAUGAACCACUUCCUCUGGCGCAAGAGGAUGGAUUUCGCUUGCGUGUGAGGGAGGUUGACCACGACCACUCCUUACGGCGGCGGUCUGCUUCACCGAUUGAGCACCGACGCACGCAUCUGGGGGUCGUGCCCCCAUUGCCCCAAUUUUACCAUGAGCGACGGCUUGAGGCGGGUCCAGAAUAUCUUGCAAUGGAGCGAAAUGAUGCGAGACAGCCUGCUGACCCAGGAAUCAUAAGACCGAUCCCACGGUAA